UGAGGAUUUAGUAUAAAAUAAAAUACAUGAUAUACCGAUAUACGUGCAAUAUAUACAAUACACAAUACACAAUACACAAUACUAUUAAAACAAUAUAGAAUAAAUAUACGAUAGCCGUUUAAGCUGCGAAAACGGAUUUAACAGCGCCUUAUCGCGGCUUAUAUAAGCUGGUGCCGUACGGAAAAAUGGUAGAUUCAGGGCUUAUUAAUAGAUAUAUUUUUAUAUUUAAACAACUUUUUUGAUCCUUUUUAUAAAUUUGAAGUAACUAUUGAGUAGUGACUGGGGGGCAAAUGGCUGAUACACAUAUUGGUGGACUUUCACCCAAUGAAGAAAGAGAAUUUCUUUUAGAAACUGCCGUUAAUGAUGUAUAUGAAGCAGUCAUUGAUGAUGAAGAAGAUGAAGAUCUUGAUGAAGAUGCCCUUUGGUUUAAAGAAGAAUUAGCUAAACAUAAAACUUUACAUUGGAUUUAUAGACCAAGUGUUUUACAUGCUUGUUUUUUGGGAGGAGUGUUUUGUCUUCUGUCAACUUUAAGUGCUGGAGCUGAACUGGUAGUUCUUUAUCAAUUAAGUUGUAAUAGUGUUGCAAUAGAUGGAAUUUGUGAUCCAGUUGAAGCUCAAGUUUUACUUUCAAAUUAUACUCAAUAUUCUUUAAUUUUUGAUAGUUUAAUCCCUUGUUUAGUAUCAGCAAAAAUUGGUGAAUUACUGGAUCAAUAUGGUCGUAAAAUAUUUAUCGCUUUAUUUGUAGUUGCUUAUACAAUUCAAAGAAUUGUAACUUAUUAUUUAUUUACAAGAUCAACUCAACUUCCUUUUAUUCCAUUAAUUUUAGCAGUAAUAUUUUCUUCAUUGUUUGGAGGUGUAUCUUCUACUAUAGCUUUAAUUCAAUCUUAUACUACUGAUGUCGUUGAAGCUCAUCAAAGAAUUUUUUCUAUUGGAUUGGUUCAAGCUGCCAUUAUGAUUGGUCAAGGUGUUGGACCUGUUAUUGCUAAUUUAUUAAUAAAUAUUUUUGGUAAUGGAAUUGAUAAAAUUGAUGUAAAUAUAGUUCCAAAGAAUAGUGCUCAAGUUGGUACUGUAGUUUCUCCUAGUCAAUUAAUUCCAUUAAGAGCUGAAGUAAUUGUCUUAAUUAUUGUUAGUAUUUUUACAGUGUUUGUAUUUCCAGAAUCUAGAGGUGAAAAGGCAAGAAGUAAAUCAAGAUCUAGUUCAAUAGCUACUACUAAUAAAUCAAAUAAUGUUAUUGAUCAACUUAGAGCUAUUGAACAACCAACUGUUUUUGAAAAGGUUAUUAGAUACAUGAACAUUUUUAAACCACUUAAAUUAUUAACUUAUCCUGAUAGUCUUAUACCUCAAAGUCAGAAGCAUGUGGCUACUAGACAUAGAUUUGUUGUUAUUACUAUGAUAUCACUUACUACAAUCUUUGUUAGUACUCAUUUAACUUUAGGACAAAUUCUUGUUCAAUAUUCAAUUUUUAGAUUUGAUAUGAAUACUGUACAAAUUGGUUAUUUAAUUACUAUUUUAUGUUGUACAGCUUCUUUUAUGUUAGUGGUAGUAUCUCCAAUUAUAUUAAGUAUAUUAAAGAAAUAUUUUAAACUUAAUGUACUUAAGAAACAACUUGAUAUGGUAGAUUUUUGUAUGAUUAUAUGGGGAAGAAUUAUUGAAAUCUUUUCAUAUAUUGUACUUGCAUCAGCUAAAACUACUAGUCAAAUGUAUGGAGCCGCUGCCCUUUUAGAGGUAGCAGCUCCAACAUCUCCAGCUGUUACAUCAGCUUUACUUAAAUUUUUUCCUAGUUCAAAAACUGGUGAAUUAUUUGGAGCUAUAGCUAUGGUUCAAAAUGUAUUUAAUGUUUUCCUGCCAAUUGCUAUGAUGGGAUUAUAUAAAUGGGGGUUACGUAAUGAUUUCUCCACUGUUACAUUUGUUUUAUAUGCUUGGAUGAGUGCUGGAUAUGCAGCUAUAUACUUUUUAAUUAAGAAAGUUUUAAGGUUAAAUAGAUACACUAAUGAAGAACUUUUAAUCAGAAGCAAUUCUGAGCUUUCAUUAGCCAGUUCUUCAUAAAUUUCAGUUCAUCAUUUAUAUGGAUUUUUACAUCUUAUUUUUGUUA